CUUCCGCAUAUUGGGUCACUCUGCUGGUAAACAAACACAGACCGGACCAAUUCCAAAUACUUGUUAAUGUUAGUUAAAUAAAGCCGUGUAGAAGGCGAGGCAAACAUAAACUUACUUAUGGAACGAGAAAAGACUAAACUACUAAAUGAAUACCCAGGUUUGAUGGAAAAUGGGGAACCCCUUGCGGCAAAAUCUGCGUUUAGUUACGUGCCUACAGUUCGAAAUGACCCAGCCGAGCACACUGUAUUUAACACUCAGGGAUCGGAGCGUCAGCAUUCUACAUUUGAUCGCCUUUUUAAAUGGUCAGAAGGUUACAACAACAAACUCCACCGCUGUGAUCGAGAACAUGCAAAAUUAAGGGGGCUUCAUGUGAAUGAUGAGGAACAUACAAAGGAGGUGCCGACAUUAUCAUCAUCAAUUUAUGGACACAAACUAGAGCGUUUUAAUGAUCCCCCAGGAAGAGCUCACGUGAGAGUUGGCUACGUUAAGUCAGAGUUCUACCGAAGGAAUGGUGUCAAUAUAGAAGGUGAUCAAGAGGGAAUGUAGACCAAGAGCAGUUUUAAUGGUGUUUCAACAAAUACGGGACUGCUGAUCACAGCGCCGUACGACUGUUGUACGGAAAAUCCAACUCUUCACCCUGUCAGUGGUAGAUCAUGCAACACUCUCUGCUGAUGGUCGGCAGUCUGAACAGAUCGUCAUUAAAAACAAUUUGCGAUUUGUACAUCUACUGAGAACAAGGUGCUGGCGACACUGCAGCUUAUUCCGAGUUCAUUGAAUGCUGUUAUUCAGUGGCAUAUCUAGAGGGUGCAUGCCUUCCAGAAAGGGUUGCCCUCCACCACCCUGGAAAUUUUUAAAGCAAAGAAAUAAAGUAAAUUACCCCAUACUACCUUAUUUUGCCAGCUACCUUCCCCUCAACUUAUCACCAAGUCCUCCCACUUCACCUUUGCUCCCCCACCCACUUUUCAAUACCAUUUGAUACACCAGUUUUGGCAGAGGGCUUCAGAGGGAGGGCAUGCUUUCCUCUGCUCCCUGUAUAUUUUGGAAGUGGUGGCAACAAAUGCUAUUCUCCUUUCUUUAGAUAUGUAUAUAAUCAUGAUUGUAAAGAAAAUAACUGAAUAUCAGGCACAACUUUUAAGGAGAGCGGAAUAAUGUAUUUUAAAUAUUGUGUAAUUAUUUGAAUUAAAAAAAAUUGAGUAAACGAACAGUUUUGAGAUAUGUUACAUAAAAAAAAAUUUUCACUUGUCCUUGUAUUUGCUACACCUAGUCCACUCCCCAGCGAUACCUCAAUACAGUAGUUGGUUAUAGAUAAAGUUGUACAAUACGUAAAAUUAAGUGGAACUAGUUUAUUUGGAAUAAAAAGGAACAAAAUUACUGUUUGUGAGUUAAAUUUUAAUCGUGAAAAAAACAACAGUUUUCUCGUGUACCAAGCUUUACAUAUUUUACAUUACGAGCUCAAGCAAUCAUAUGUCACCUUAAAGACAACUAAUUUACAUACACUGCACAAAUCAUAUAUCUCCUUAGAGAAAAUUAUUUUACACCACCAGCUCAACCAAUUAUAUGUCGACUUUAGUACUCAUUUACGUAGCCCAUUUCACUAGUCACAGAUCAACUCACUGAAACAUCUGAAUGCCUCCCACACGCACUCCCUCGAGCAAGCACAAAAUUCCAGGAAACUAACCCAUUGAUGGUGGAAAUCUACUAUAGUUUACAUUUCAAUUAUUAGAUAACAGAUGAAAUUUCAGUACAGUAUAUGGAUUGAGUAUAAAAAUCAAAUAUAUUCGUAUAGAACUAUUCUACUAGAAGUUAAAAUAAUGCCGUUUAUCACACAAUAUAUUGCGAUAUCAGAUUCUAUUAUUAAAAACAACUGUAAUUUUCUAAAGAAGAAUGUAAAAAUAUAUUAUAAUUUUACGUAUAAUUUGAAUAUGUAUUUAUUCAGCAAUUCACAUCAAAACAGUAAAAUAAAUUAUAAUUUUCUAAUCUUUUGUAUCAUUUCUCUAGAUCCUCAAUCCAAAAGCAAAUUGUUUAUUUCAAGUACAUACAUAUAGUAAAUAUACAGCAAGAUAUAUGAAUGGUUUGCUUGUGAAAAAUUGUUAAUAAUCAACUUAAAUGUUUUUUGCAAUACAAUUUUAGUUAACAUUCUUUCUUGAUAAUGCAUUGAUACUGUAUACUUAGAAAGGGGAGAUUUUUUUAUCAAAUAUCAUGGCCCCUUGAGAAUGUAUUCAGUAGAUUUCUUAUAGCCUUCUUUUCUAUAGUUAAUAAGCAUAUCUUGUUGAAUUUGUUUACCCAAGUAAAAUGGCACUGUAUAG